AUGGCAGAGACACAUGUGAAUAAAGCACAGUAUGAAAGGAUCCCUUCAUUAGGGGAAGCGAGUUCAGAAGACACUGUUCAAGACGGCUCAGUGGAGAAGCCUACGUUCUUUGUAUAUUAUCUGGUAUUUUGUGUCUGUAUUGGCGGGUUUCUUUUUGGAUAUGAUACAGGAGUCAUAUCAGGUGCAUUACUACCGAUUCAAGUAGAUUUUUUAAUGACCACAAGGCAAAAAGAGUUGAUUGUAUCCGCCACAACGUUUGGAGCUAUUUUUUCUGGCUUUUUUGCUGGGCUCUUGUCUGACAGAUUUGGUCGAAAGCCACUGGUUUUAUGUGCCGCAUCCAUUUUUGUGCUCGGUUCCUUAUUACUCGCUUUAGCACCCAGUUACAAUAUUUUAGUACUCGGAAGGUUGAUUGUUGGAUUAGGUGUUGGUAUUGCUUCUAUGAUUAUACCUGUUUAUAUCAGUGAAGUAGCACCCAAAAGCUUUCGCGGUAGGCUAGCAACAUUGAAUACUUUGGUAAUCACAUUUGGUCAGGUCAUGGCUUAUGUCGUAAAUAUCAUUUAUUCAGAAACAGAAGGUGGAUGGAGAUAUAUGUUUGGUAUUGGUGCUGUACCUGCUAUUAUACAAUUGAUUAUUAUGCCGUUUAUGCCUGAAAGUCCACGUCGCAUGGUGGCCCAAAAUAAGUUGGCACUCGCCAAACUAACAUUACAAAGGAUAUAUGGCACUACCGUGUCUGAUGAAUUUAUCAAUAACGAAAUUGAAACUAUUCAAGAAGAUAUGCAUCAGAGUAGCCAAGGAACCUAUCGUGAUUUUUUGAAGAGACAGAACAUGAAACCAUUGUUAAUCGCUUGUGUUUUGCAAGCUGCUCAGCAGCUGUCAGGGUUUAAUACGGCAAUGUACUAUGCUGCUACAAUCCUUCAAAUGGCCGGCUUCAGAAAUCACCAAAAUUCUACGCUGGUAGCAUUAAUAGUAUCAGUAACAAACAUGGUAUUUACAAUGAUUGCUGUUGUUAUUAUUGACAGUACAGGUCGCCGGCGUAUUCUUAUCAUAACAAUGCUAUGUAUGAUUAUUAGUUUGCUUGCAUUAGGUGGCUCAUUUGCUGUUCAACAAGAAGGCUUUAUACCUAAACAAGAGUUAUGUGCAAAUUAUACCACCCAUUGUUAUCGCUGCAUUUUAGAUGACCGAUGUGGAUGGUCCGUCGAUACAAGCUCGUGUGUUUCACUUUUGGGCCACAGUCCUACAGAUAUUUUGGGUCUUGUAUUAAGCGGGGCUACAUCCUGCCCGGCUAAAUCCUCUGACGGGCUCAUCACUUUUGUAUUGCUUUUUUCACUUACCUGUUAUGUAGCUAGUUAUGCUUUAGGGUUAGGUUAUGUUCCUUGGGUGAUUCAAAGCGAAAUAUUUACAUUGUCUUUGAGAGGAAAAGCAAAUGGAAUAGCCACUGCUACAAACUGGAUAUGCAAUUUACUUGUUGCAUCCACCUUCCUUACAAUGACUAAUGCCCUUACUGCUGCAGGAACAUUCUGGCUUUAUGCAGGUAUAUCUAUGUUUCUAUGGAUGCUUAUUGUGAAAUGGGUGCCGGAGACUUCUGGUAAAUCAUUGGAAUAUAUCAGUUCCUUAUUCUAA